AUGGCUAUUGAUUACUCUAAGUGGGACAAGAUCGAGCUGAGUGACGACUCUGAUGUGGAGGUGCAUCCGAAUGUGGACAAGAAGUCGUUCAUCAAGUGGAAGCAGCAGAGCAUCCACGAGCAGCGGUUCAAGCGGAACCAGGACAUCAAGAACCUGGAGGCGCAGGUGGGCAUGUACUCGUUCCUGAACAAGAGGGUGGACAAGCUGCUGGGGUCUCUGGCGGAUGAGGACCUUGCUGAGCAAGACAAGGUUACCAAGUUUCUGAAUGAGAACUUUGACAAGAACGAGAAGUCUGUUGGGGAGAACGUCGACCCGCAGAUUGCCACUUACAAUGAGAUGGUGGAGGACCUCUUCGAUCAGUUGAGAAGAGACGCCAUCAAGGAUGGGCAGGAUCCACGCAACGGGGCAGUCCUGAGGGAGCUGAUGCUGAAGCACAGAAAGAAGAUCGACGACGUCACGAAGGAGGCUAACGAGAAGUUGAAGCAGUUAUACAAGGAGAAGCAGGCACACAUCUCUAGCGAUGACAUCCAUACCGGGUUUGACAGCAGUUUCAUGAACAAAUACAAGAAGGAGGAAGAAAGGAAAGCCAGGGAGCUGGAGAAAUCUGCUGAAAAGGCUGGUGUUACAAGGACUAGCGAGACUGCGUUACCUCCAAAAUCCAUCGCAGAGGCUUCCACAGGUACUCAGAUCAUCAACGAAGAAGCUCAAGAAUCACAACAGGCUGUUCAAACACAAUCCACUACAGAUGACGAAGAUAUGUUACACUUGUUCCCUGAAACUGAACAGUUCUCAAAGAUUCCAACUGGUGACUACAAGAAGUCAGCCAGUUUCUUGAUGGAAAACUACCAAAUUAUUACUGAGCAACAGAAGGAUGCUCUAAUGAUGAAAGCCUUUGAAUCACAACUAAAGCAUGACGAAAAGAGGACUUACCAAAUUCUUCACCAAGCAGAAAUACUAGCUUUUAUUGAUUCCAUUUACAAUGUGCAAAGAAGUCCAACAUUGGACGUCCAACGCUUGAAGAACUCUAUUGAAGUAUUCUUCAAGAGAGUAUUCCUAGAGUCUAGAAUCGAAGCUGCUAAAGCACAAUUUUUGGAUUCUGUGAAUACAAAGUUUGAACAUGUCAAGAAGAGGUGUGUUAUCCUAGAAGAAGAAGAAAGAAAUAAUGAAGGGCAAGGAGUUGAGACUAUUCAGUUAAAGACGGUUGAUGAAUCUACACAAAUCGAGUUUGAGCUUCCAGAUUUUGAAUCGUCUGAUCCAAAUGAGAUUGAAAGAGUGAAGAUAUUUGGCCAACUUCCAAAGAACUUACAAGAGGCCUUGAAGACCAAAGAUUUGGAUACCGUUAAUGAAGCCUUUGCUGAUUUACCAAUUGACAUUGCAGAACAUGCCUUAGAUCUUCUCGGUGAAGCAGAGAUCAUAAAGGUUGCUGCUCUGCUAGAGAAUGAAGAGGAGUUCAAGCAUCUGCAGGAGGAAUACAAGAACGAGCAUGCCAUGGAGAGCUUAAAUAUCGAGGAAGAGGCUAAAAGUAAUGAUGUUGCAGAAGAAGACGAGCCUCAGAACACUGCUGAUAUUGUCGACUAA